GGGGAGCGCGCAGACAAACGCGAGGAGGAGGAGGACGGAGAAGCAGAGAGAGAGAGAGAGAGAGAGGGGGAAGACAUACUGGUUAAAGGCUACGACAAAAACCAUGAUGAUAAUGGAGUCAAGGCGGUGGAGGAUGUCGGAUUUACCAGAAAGGACUGUUGAAAUUUGACAGAGGGCUCGCGUCAAACAGAGAGCGUUUCGUUUUUUUUAUUUUCCCCUUUUCUUUCCACCGGGUUCGGUUUCCACAUGCUGCGUGGACAUUAGAAAGGAAAGGCGAGCAGAGGCUGAGGAGCACCCCCACGGAUGCCUCGGAAGGUAAAAACGGGCUCUACCGCUGGCGCUACAGGCACCAUCUCAUCCCCCGGAUGGUGACAAAGGACAUCCUGAAGAAAAGCUCUGGACUGAUGGAUGAGGAGGAACAACAGCUUUAGCCCCCUCCACCUGACGAUUGGAAAGGAAAUAAAUCCAAUUCUGAUGGAUUUUUAGUUAAUCAUUCAUGGAGUAGCCCUAAGGAAAACCAGCUAUGUUGAAUCACUGGUGUUGGUAAAUUAUUCAUCAGAAGUAGAAGUAGGCUAUGAUUUUAAAUUGCUUUAAUGUAGCAUUCCUUACAUGUCAUUUUUGUAAUGUGUUGUCUUUUGGGGUAUCAUACAUAUUUCCAGGUUCCAUGAUUUUUUAGGCCCAUUCCAGAGAAAGGCAAAGCGGAGGAAAUCUUAGCGCAAGGAGAGCUUUGGAUAUUUAUGUGUCAAUCUGUGUGUGUGGGGGGGUUACAUAUUCAUAUUCAUUUUCUUGAAAGAGUAAAGAAGGAUAGACCAGUGCAGUAAAAGAAGAAGUAGAAAGAAAUAAAAAUAGCAAACAUGUUGCCUUCCCAAGAAGCCUCCAAGAUCUACCAUGACAACUACAUGCGCAACUCCCGGGCCAUCGGGGUUCUGUGGGCCAUCUUCACCAUCUGCUUUGCCAUCGUCAACGUGGUGGUGUUCAUCCAGCCGUACUGGAUCGGCGACAGCGUCAAGACGCCGCACAUCGGCCACUUCGGCCUGUUUCACUACUGCGUGGGCAGCGUGCAGGCGUCCAGCCAGGACCUCACCUGCGUGGGCAGCUUCUCCGACUUCGCCUCCAUCCCGUCGGGAGCCUUUAAGGCCGCCUCGGUGUUCGUGCUGCUGUCCAUGGUGCUGAUCCUCAGCUGCAUCGCCUGCAUGGCGCUCUUCUUCUUCUGCAACACCUCCACCGUUUACAAGACCUGUGCCUGGAUGCAGCUGCUGUGCGGAGUGUGCCUGGUGCUGGGUUGCAUGAUCUUCCCCAACGGAUGGGAUGCAGAAGUGAUCCGGGAUAUGUGUGGAGAGCAUUCAGGGAAAUACUCUCUGGGUGACUGCUCGGUACGCUGGGCCUACAUGCUGGCCAUCAUGGGCAUCCUCGAUGCCCUCAUUCUCUCCUUCCUGGCCUUUGUCCUGGGAAACCGGCAGACAGACUUCUAUCUUGAUGAUCUGCAGACAGACAACAAAGAUUUUGCUGUUUCAAGGAUUGAGGUACGAGACAGAAGAGAGCCACGGUAUGGAGUGCAACGUCUACACUGAGACACAAAGGCCCUGAACAGCCUCUGUUUAAGUCUUUCUCUUCUCUUUCUCUCCACUCUCUAAUACUCUCCUUUCCUAUCCAAUGAUCAGGAUAUCACCCAAUCUCAAUGCAGACACCAAGUGUACAGGAUUGUGUAAGAUAAAAAAAACAAAAACAAAAAAAACAACUGCAACAAACACAUGGGGAUAAACUAUAUUUUGAAAAAAAAA